CUCACUCGUUGCGCAGGGAGCCCGUGUACAUGGUCUUCAGCACCACCUGGCCCAGGGUCACGUGGUAGCACAGGUACACGUCCCCGAAGCCCCCGUAGUCCAGCGGCUCUCUCCGGAUCAGAUCCGUCGAGCUCAUUUGAAACGAAGGCUGAGGCGCGGUGGCCAUCUCUGCAGAGAACUACAACUCCCAGCAUUCACCACUGGGAGGCUGGAUAUGCAGCAGUGCUGUGCUCGGCUCGGACGCGGAGCUGCCGCUUUUUGCGGGUCUGAGAAACCGACAAGCUGCCGAACUGAAGCAGGUUAAAAACAACGAGGAGGGUCAGCGUGGGAUCUGUCCACACUGGGUCUGUCAGGAUGGGUAAUGGCAUCAACAAGGUGCUGUCUGACUUAUACUUGGGAAAUUUCAAAGAUGCAAGAGACCGAGAACAGUUAGCCAGGAACAACAUCACACAUAUCCUGUCCAUCCAUGACAGCGCAGCUCCAAUCCUCCAGGAGAUGACCUAUCUCUGCAUUUCAGCAGCUGACCUGCCCACACAAAACCUGAAUCAGCACUUUAAGCAAAGUAUAAUGUUCAUGCACGAGUCUCGCCUCAAAGGAGAGGGCUGCCUUGUUCAUUGUUUGGCAGGUGUGUCCCGCAGUGUCACCCUGGUGAUAGCUUACAUCAUGACAGUGACAGGCCUGGGCUGGCAGGAGGCGCUGGCUGCCGUGAGGGUGGUCCGACCAUGUGCCGGCCCCAACUUGGGUUUUCAGCGCCAGCUCCAGGAGUUUGAAGCUACUCAGGCUGUUGAGUUCAGAGAGUGGCUACGGGACGAAUAUAAGGACAACCCCUUCAAUGAUGAGGCCGACAUACGUGACUUGCUUGCUAGAGUGUCCAAAGUCAAUGGCGAAGCGUUGAACCAAAAGGUAUCUACCCCACCUGGAGGUAUCUGACCAGAGAUGUUCAUGAGAUCUUUAGUAGCUGAGUCUGGAGGGUUACACCACUGUGAUGCUCCAGUAUUCUGGACUUGUCUGGAACCUGGAAGUCUAACAUGCUUUUGGAUUGAACUACUGUCAGGAUGUUUAAUGCUGCUGGAACUAUCCUCUUAAUGGACAUAAACACUGGACCACACCUGGACAUUUAUGAAACAGCAUAUAUAAUUCUUUGUUUAGCAUUAGUUGAUGUUUUUGUUUAGUUUUUUUCUAAUUUAUAACUGUUAACUGUGUUGUGUGGACCUCAUCAUUAUGAUUGUGAACAGUGAAAUAAAAUGAGUAAAGGGA